AUGCUUACCGUAGAAAAGGUAUCUUGGGUGAGGCACCGGGACAUCCAUCUUCUCACUGUCGGCAGAUACACAUACACUUCCGACCAGAGAUUCGAGGCUGUUCAUACGCCCCACACAGAAGAGUGGACUUUGAGGCUGAGAUAUCCUCAGAAAAAGGACAGCGGAAUCUACGAGUGUCAAAUAAGUACUACACCACCCAUAGGACAUUUCGUGUUUCUCAGCAUUGUAGCCCUGUCUUUGGCUGAACGUACUGAGACUGAGGUGGUGGUUGUUGGAGAGGACAUCGACCUGUUGGUCAUCCUUACGGGUCUUUGUCUACGAGAUAACGUAUUCUUCCUGAAACCAGGGAAGGGAAAUGUUCCUCCAACCACCUACUCUCCUAUGCAUGCUCUGACAAACAAAACCAUAAGAGAAUACAUCAUGUUUCUUCAUGCAAUGAGUGGUUGUGAUACAACUUCAGCACCUUACAACCAAGGAAAGUUCGUGAAAACUGUCACCAAAAACCCCAACCUUGCUGAUGUUGUGAGUGUGUUCAAAAACCCUGAGGCAACUCCAGAAAGCAUUGCAACAGCAGGGGAGAGAUUCCUGGUCAACCUGUACGGCUUCACAGGAAGGACUGAGCCGUCGAUAAACUGUCUGAGGUAUAUUAAUUAUGCGAAGGCAGCUUUCAAGACUUCAUCAAAAAUAGCUGCACUACCACCAUCAGCUGCUGCAGCCACACAGCACAGUUUUAGGGUAUAUCUCCAAGUGCAGCAAUGGCUGGGAGUUGAGAAGAAUGCCGAAGAUUGGGGUUGGAAACGAGCAACAAAUGGCCUGGAACCGAUCAAUUCUCUACAAGCCCCUGCUCCUCUCGAACUACUGCGUCUGGUGUCAUGUAGAUGCAUCAAGACGUGGGCAAAGAAAUGUAGUUGCAAAAAAGCAGGCCUCGAUUGCACAAAUCUGUGCAUCGACUGUGAGGGGUCCUGCAACAAUGUGACAAUCGAGGCAGAUCUCACUAUUCCCCCUAAUGACGGGCCAUUCGACGUCGAAGUACAGGAUGAACUGGGCUUCACCUUCGCCCCGGUAGUUGAGACCAUCGAAAAGAGUAUGGACAAGGAGGAUGAAGAGCCAAUCACCGAGAUCCUCGGCAGCCCCGAGCUGUUCAUCAACCUCGGCUCCACCAUCAACCUCACCUGCGUGGUCCGGUACGCCCCAGAACCUCACUCGAACAUCGUCUGGUCGCAGAACUCGGAGCUGAUCAACUUCGACUCGCCCAGGGGUGGCAUCAGCCUAGUUACUGAGAAGGGGCUGGUCACCACUAGCCGACUGUUGAUCCAGAAGGCCGGAGAACAUCCUGCGGCUAUGCACCACGGCCACGGAUCGCUGACUGGCCUGUCCCACGUGACACUCCUGCUGAGCCUCGUCGUUUUGUUGAUCGUGCUGCCGCACACGUAG